GCCCGCCUCCCUCUUCCUAGCUCCUGCUCAGCCACCAGCUCUGGACUCGGCUCCCCCUCCCAGGUCCCCCUCCCCCGAGCCGAGCCCGCCGAGGGCCCUUCUCCCGCCCCUAGGCCAGCCACCGGCCAGCACUGCAGCCCCGGGGGGCCGCCCCCCGCCAGCCUGUCUCCCUCUAGCGCAGCCCUGCCCGAGCCCCCCCGACCAUGAAUCUCUUCCGAUUCCUGGGGGACCUCUCCCACCUCCUGGCCAUCAUCUUGCUACUGCUCAAAAUCUGGAAGUCCCGCUCCUGCGCCGGGAUUUCCGGGAAGAGCCAGGUCCUGUUUGCUGUGGUGUUCACUGCCCGUUACCUGGACCUCUUCACCAACUAUAUCUCCCUCUACAACACGUGCAUGAAGGUGGUCUACAUUGCCUGCUCCUUCACCACAGUCUGGAUGAUUUACAGCAAGUUCAAAGCCACUUAUGAUGGGAACCAUGACACGUUCCGGGUGGAGUUUCUUGUCAUCCCCACGGCCAUCCUGGCAUUCCUGGUCAACCAUGACUUCACCCCUCUAGAGAUCCUCUGGACCUUCUCCAUCUAUCUGGAGUCGGUGGCCAUCCUCCCGCAGCUGUUCAUGGUGAGCAAGACGGGCGAGGCGGAGACCAUCACCAGCCACUACCUGUUUGCGCUGGGCGUCUACCGCACGCUCUAUCUCUUCAACUGGAUCUGGCGCUACCACUUUGAGGGCUUCUUCGACCUCAUCGCCAUCGUGGCAGGCCUGGUCCAGACGGUCCUCUACUGCGAUUUCUUCUACCUCUACAUCACCAAAGUCCUAAAGGGGAAGAAGUUGAGUUUGCCAGCAUAGCCCUGGCCUUCGCGACCCCUCUUCUUGGCAGCAGCGGCGGCAAGAGGCGCAGGAAGGUGAUGGGAGACUCGGAGCCUCCUGCCCACCCAGGGGUGACUUUUUAAAGAACCAAUCUCUCCUCGUUCCCCAUCCCCCUCCUGCCAGGUUUCGGGGGGCAUUGAAGGACCCAAGUCUUGGAGAAGCUCAGGACCUGGGCUGUUUGUAAUUCUUUGCCUUUUAGAGAAAAAAAAAAAAUCUUUUCACUAUUUAGUUUUUGAUUCUGAUGACUCCUCUCUCUUCUACUCUCUGGCCCCCUGAUUUUUAUAAACAGUAUCCGAUGGGACGGGGCAGGGGCAGGGGUCUUCUUCCCUCACCCAGACCCUUCAACUCCCUUUCAGACUCCCUCCCCGAGCCCACUGGGUGCCAAACACUAAAUCUGCUGACACCCCGCCCAGCCUCCCCCGACAUGAACACAGCCUCCCACUGCCCUUCUGGGUUGGGGACAGGGAGGAGGGAAGGCCUGGGAAGGGCUCCCCUGCUUUUUCAUAGUAAUUUUUUCCAGAGUUUGGGUUUUUUGGUCUUGUCCUGAUUUUUUGGCAUAUUGGGGGGAGGGGGCUGGCCCAAGAUCACCACUGCCCUGAUACCAUGUUUUUGUACAGAAUUGAUGGUUGAUUCUUUGUUCUCUUGAAAUAAACAGAGGAAAAUAAUACCUCUCUCUUUCACUACUCCUUGUUCUAUCUUUUGGUGUUUGGAGGGUAUUACGGGUUGAAUUGUGUCCCCUUAAAAUAUGUGUUGUGAAUCCUAACCUCUGUGCCUGUGGUUAUAAUCCCAUUUGGGAAUGGGUUGUCUUUGUUAUGUUAAUGAGGCAAGAUUAGUGUAGGUUAUGUCUUGAAUCAAUUUUUAACAAGAUAUAAAAGGAGCAGAUUAAGCAAGCAGAGAUGGGGGAAGAUAGAUGCCAAGCUACAUGGAGAUCUCCAAGGAACCAGGAA